CAUGGCUCUCACUGCCAAGGUCUUCAUGGGCCUCCCGACACCGAUAGCAAAGGGUUCCUCUCUAUGUGGUCUCUGUGCCAGGCAAGGGUUCCUCCGAGGAUGAGAGCACGCUGCUCCCCACACAGUCUCCAGGCCCCUGGGGAGAAGGUCCUGUGUUCCUCAGAGUGCCCACACACUGGUGAUGGAACAAGGUCAGGCCAGCACAGAACGAGCGUCCCGGCGCCGGGAGGUGCUUCGGGUUCUCCAGCCCCGCCGCCUCCUGAUCCUCCUCUUUCUCUUCCUCCUCUUCCUGCUCGGGUUAUUGUUGUGGAAGUUGUUUGGGAGUCUCAUGUGCUUCUUGCCGGGUCUCAGCAAUGGAGGAUCGCCAUCUUCCCUGCCUUCCUCGGCUCCUCAGACUCUGCAGCUGCAGAUGACCUGAGAUAUCCGUCUCUCUCUCUCUCUCCCCCUCUCCCUCCCUCCCUCUCCCUCUCCCUCUCUCCCCUCUCCUCUUCUCUCUCCUCUCCUCUCCUCCCUCUCUCGCGCGCUCUCUCUCUCCCUCCCUCCCUCCUGUGUCUCUCUCUGAAUAAUGAGCAACCAGAGGGGAGAGAGAGAAAGCAAGACAGAAAGAGAGAAGGAAGACAAUCUUCUCCUGCCACACAAAACGCCGGAGCACCAGGGGGUGCGCGAAGCCUUUCUAAUAACCACCGACAACAUGCAGGAGAGGAAGAGAAGAGAAAGAAGGGAAGAAAGGAAGAAAGGGAGGAGGAGGCAAUGGGCUGGGGGCAUACAAGGGAAGAAUUUUUUAUCCAAGAGCUGGAGAAGAGCAGAAGGAGAAAAGCUGGAGGAGAUGCUGAGGGCUGCGGCUGCUGUCCCCCUUCCCCCCUCCCCCCUGCUGAACCCCAGAAAGGAGGCAAGGUGGUUGCAAAGUUAAGGCUGGGACAUUGUCUUUGUCACUUAGAGCAACACGGGGCCAGCAGGCCAGUGAGUGAGAUGCAAGAGGAGGAGGUGGCGGCGGCGGAGAAGGAGGUGGUGGUGGUGGUGGUGGUGGUGGUGGAGGUGGUGGUGGUGGAGGAGGAGGAGGAAGAGGAGGAGGAGGAGGGGAAGAGGGAGAUGAGAGGAAUAAAGACCUGCGGAGAAGGCGGUGCGAGGAGCGCGGCAGCCGGCCGGGCUGAGACGUGCGCGCUCGCGUCCCGAAGGCGCCCGGCCGCCCCGCGGGUGGAGGGAACCCCCCCGGGAAGACCGGGAGGACCCUAUCCCGUGGCCCGCGAGGUUCCCACUGUCAGUCCUGCCCCAGGGGCCGAGCCCGGGGCCCAGAGCGUCCCCCACACGCAUCCAUCUAGAGGCCGAUCUUUGCAAAGAACAGGCAUGGGGAGCUAGAGGUUGCAAGUCUAAAUCCAGAUCAACCACGUGGGGCUCUUUAAUCCCUUUCCAGCUUGCGGUGUGUCUCCAGUGAAAAGCUCAAAUUGUCCACGGCUGGCACGUAUUUUUGAAGUCUUCUCCCCCCCGAAAUAAAGGCUCAUGGUGCAUCUUUAUUUCUUUUCUGAUAUGGAAAGGGGGGGUGGGGUGGGGAAGGGAGAGAACCUAUCAUUCCAAAGCCUAGGAACCACCACUUUCUUUCCCUAACUUGUGAAAUGUUUUGACGGCGCACCAAAAGA